CUGCGUCGUUUGACCCAUUCGAAGAAAAGCUCGAAACCCGAAGAGAAGAGAGAGAGAGAGAGAGAGAGAGAGAGAUGUCUCCGAGAGUCAGAUGUCUCGCCCUCUUGGCCCUCCUCGCCGUCUCCUCCUCCUUCGCCGCCGUCUCCUCCGCCGCACGCCCCGAGCCAGCAUCUCGCGGCGGCGCUUCGACUUCGACGACGCAGCCUCGUCCUCAGGUCGGUGAAGACUGCGGCGGCGGCGGCGGCGGCGGAGGAGGGGCGGAGGAGUGCUUGAUGCGACGAACCCUAGAGGCUCACCUCGAUUACAUCUACACCCAGAAUCACCAGCCUUGAGAAGCCUUUUUUUUUUCCUUUUUCUUUUUUUUGUACUUCUUUUUGUUUUAGUUUUCAUUUCUCCAUUUUUUUUUGUCAUUUUGUGAUAUUAUUAUUUUUUUCCAAAUUCAUGUUUUGCUUUGUGAGUAUGAACGGAAUCAAAUCAAUUGGAGGCUUGCGUCGA